AUGUGUCUGCUGGUGGUAGAACAUGGCUUUUCACCAGAUGAUGUUCGGAAGCAGAUAGAACAUCUGAGCAAUAAGACUGAAAAACCUGCAGAAGAGUUUAUGGUUUUGCUUCCACUGAGUUAUAAACCCACAGAUUACUCGUUCAUAUCCUGCACCAUGGAACAGGUUUUCAGUGAGCUCGACAGACUGGCUGAAGGCAGAAAUCUGAUGCUAACUAAAACAAAUGAGAUCAGAGAUCAGAGACGGGAGAGUGCGCAGACAGCUGGAAAGCCAGCGGAUGUGUGUGCCGAACCAGGAAAACAGCCUAUAAGUGAAAAAUCAAUCAAAACCAUUAAACAACCACAGGAACAGAGUGUCGGGUCACGGUCCUUUGUACCUCUUCCACGUUCGUCAGCACCACGCACUGUGAUGGCAAUGCCAGGAAUCAAAACAACACAACACUUCCAUACAGGAAAGCGUACCAGCAACAAAGUGAACCUUGUUCUCCUGGGAAUGUCUGGGACUGGAAAGAGUGCGAGUGGAAACACCAUCCUUGGAAAGCCAGUCUUCUUCUCUAGACCCAGUUCACAGCCAGUCACCAAAGAUUGUGAGAUAGCAGAAACAGAGAUAAAUGGCAAACAUGUGCGUGUGAUAGAUACUCCAGACAUGUUUGAUGAUGACAUUGAAGAACCAGUUAAGAACAAAUAUCUAAAACAGUGCAAAGAGCUCUGUGAGUCACACCCUCGUGUGUAUGUACUUGUGAUGCAUAUAAGCAGAUUUACAGAUGGUGAGAGAAACAUACUUAAAAAACUGGAAAAAGCUUUUGGGAGGAAUGUUAAAGAACAAACUAUCAUCCUGUUCACUAAAUCAGAUGAUUUGCAUCGUUCUGGAAAAAUGCUGACUGAUUUUCUGCGUAGUUGCCAACCUGAUCUGAAGGAAAUGAUUCAACAGUUGGGCAACAGUUGUGUUCUCUUUGAGAAUAACAGAUCAGGUUCUGCUCAGGUGGAAAAGCUGCUGGACACAGUGAUCAUGGUGUUAGAAAAACAGCAGAAAUUAUAA